AUGCGUCGUUACCUCCUUCCCCUCUUCGCCCGUUUCGUCAACUUCGCCACGCGGCUCGUCGACGCGCUCUGCGGCUUUCUCUUCCUCCCACCGCUCGCGACGCGCCUGCUGCAGUGGCUCCUCCCGUUAGAGGAACGCGCGGUGCUGCGCGCCGCGUACAAGGCCACGGGACUGCGUGACUAUGGCGAGGGGACGUUCCUGACGGGGCUGCGGCUUCUAUUGAAGGGUCUCGAAGAGGAGGCGAGACUGAGCGCGUUUGGGAGGAUUCUUAUAUGGAACGAUGUACAGCGCCUGCUGCGCUACCGCUUGCAUCUGGAGGACACAAGGAGGCGACACCCAGAGAUAGAGGAGGAGAAGAUCGAGGCCCCUGUAUUCAUCCUAGGUCUGCCUCGAACAGGAACAACAUUUCUCUUCAACCUCCUCGCCCUCGACACAUCGCUCUUCCGCUCGCCGCUCACAUGGGAGGUGCAUCACAUGCACCCUCCCCCGGACGCCACCUGCUACGAUACCGAUAAACGCAUUGGGGAGACAGAAGCCUUUUUGGAGGGUGUCUCUGCUCUGCUUCCUUCCUUCCAGGCCUUGCAUCCCGUGACAGCAACAGGGCCACAGGAGUGCAUGGGACUCAUGAUGUACGAUUUCACGUCCUUCGCCUUCCCCACCAUCCACUUCAACAUCCCUUCCUACUUUCGAUGGUACCUCUCCUCAGAUCUCUCCCCCACCUACCGCCUCCUGCGCUGGCAGCUGCAGUACCUGCAGUGGCGCGGCCCUAAAGCCCCACGCUAG